ACACAUAACACACAAAGUUGUGGUCUCUGUUCUUCCCCCUUUUUAAACCUUCACUUCAAACCUUUCCUCUUCACACAAACAUCUCUCUCUUUUUCUCUCUCUCUCUCUCACUUCCACCAUGGCGGUAGGACUCUCCGCCGCCAUAACCUUGAAGCCCCUUCACCGUUUCCACCAACCCCACUUCCCCAAACCAACCCCAACACUACCCUUUUCUCCCCUCAGAACUUCCCCAAGAACACACAGAUUGUCGAACUUCACCGUUUGUGUCCUCAUGCAGGAUCCCAAACAAGGGUCCCACAUCGAAAUUGAGCCCCCAGAGCAACCUCUUUCUCCUCAACAAGUACCCGUGUCAGCUAAGUUGGCUGAGAAAUUGGCCAGAAAGGAAUCGGAGAGGUUCACUUACCUCGUUGCUGCUGUCAUGUCCACCUUUGGCAUCACAUCCAUGGCAGUGCUCGCUGUUUAUUAUAGAUUCUCGUGGCAAAUGGAGGGUGGAGACGUGCCUUGGGCCGAAAUGUUUGGCACAUUUGCUCUAUCAGUGGGAGCUGCUGUGGGUAUGGAGUUUUGGGCUAGAUGGGCUCAUGAGGCUCUCUGGCAUGCUUCCUUGUGGCACAUGCAUGAGUCCCACCAUCGACCAAGAGAAGGACCCUUCGAGCUUAACGAUGUAUUCGCAAUAAUCAAUGCUGUUCCUGCCAUCGCUCUCCUUGCCUAUUGUUUCUUUCAUAAGGGAUUGGUCCCUGGCCUCUGCUUCGGUGCGGGUCUUGGAAUUACUGUCUUUGGGAUGGCCUACAUGUUUGUACACGAUGGAUUGGUUCAUAAAAGAUUCCCUGUGGGCCCCAUUGCCAACGUGCCCUAUUUCAGAAGAGUGGCCGCUGCUCACCAACUUCACCAUUCGGAGAAAUUCGAUGGGGUGCCAUAUGGGCUGUUUUUGGGACCAAAGGAAGUUGAAAAGGUGGGAGGGCUAGAAGAGCUGGAGAAAGAGAUAAAUAGGAGAAUAAAAGCAUCCAAAAAUAGUUCAUGACGAAAGCUAUAAUACUACCAAUCAAGAGUUGUUUCAAAUAAUUCAGUGUAAAGCAGAAAUGUUAAAUGAAAUGGUUUACAAAUUUUGCUAGCAUUUAUA